GUUGUACAGGACGUUUAGGCCACUGGUGUCAUUGAACAUUUGUGGAAAUAAACUUUGAUUAACUGGAAACAUGGAGUUCGACUGUUACCAGCAUUAUUUUUUCAACGCUUUCGACACAGAGGAGGAUUUUUACAAGUCGACCGCACCAAGCGAGGACAUAUGGAAAAAGUUCGAGCUGCUGCCCACCCCUCCCAUGUCUCCCACACGGACUCUGAGCGGCGCUGCGCUGCCGCUUUCGCCGGGAGACAAACUCAACUGGCUCUCCAAAGUCCUCGGUCAGGACGAGGAGUGCGAGGGGCAGUUCAUGCCGGACACGGGGGAGCUGCUCGGUAACCUCAGCUCCAUCAUCAUCCAAGACUGCAUGUGGAGUAGUUUCUCCGCCAGUAAACAGCUGGAGAAGGUCAGUGGGAGAGGGUCAGCCGCAGCACAGACCGGUGUUUCCCCGGUGGCCCAGAUCUCCGUGAGACCGAGCAAAGCGCACUGCGUCUCCUCCGCUGGCCCGCUCGUCACCUCGGCGACAGACUGCGUCGACCCCGCGGCUGUUCUCACCAUUCCGGCAAGCAGCUGCAGGAAGCCGGCGUCGUCUGGCUCCGAGUCUCGCUCUGAUUCCUCUGAUGAUGAUGAAGAGGAAAUCGAUGUGGUCACUGUGGAGAAAAAGCAGAACCGCAUGCGGCUGGUGAAUGUCAGAAAGCCAGUCACGGUCACGGUUCGGGCAGACCCCUGUCCCAAACGCUUCCACAUGUCUGUCCACCGACAGCAGCACAACUACGCUGCCCGCUCCCCAGACAGUGAGCCAGAGCCCGAGGAGGAAGACGACGACGAGGAAGAGGAGGAGGACGAGGAUGAGGAAGAGCCUCAAAGCAAACGUACCUGCACAGCAUCCAGUCUGCACGCGGGCUGUUCGGCUCGUCUCUCCCAGCCCGGCUCUCCCUCGGAGACUUCCCAAAACUCGGAUGCAGAGGACACUGAUCGCAGACGGAACCACAACUUUCUUGAAAGGAAGAGGAGGAACGAUCUGCGGUCUCGUUUCCUUGCCUUACGGGAUCAGAUCCCUGGCUUGGAAUCGUCCAAGACCCCAAAGGUGGCCAUCCUGACCCAUGCAGCGGAGUACCUGGUGAAGCUGCACAGCAAGGAGAAACGGCAGCUCCAAGAGAAGAAACAACUCAAAAGCCGACAACAGCAGCUCCUCCGCAGACUGUCUGAACUGAAGCGAUCUUGAAACACAAACAAGAGUGCUUUCGAAAACUGCCUCAUUUACAGUCAGGAACUAUUACACUUGAGUUAUCUGUCACUUUUGAAAAGCUAAAUUUUUUUUUAUAUGACAACAUUCCUCAUGUAAAUAGCUGUGAAUUUUGUUUGGAACAUAUUCAUAUCCCUUUGGGCUUCCUGUGAAUUGACUAUGCUGGCCAAUGAACCUGAUAUGGGGAGGGGCAGAUAGUGUGCUUUGUUUUUUUUUCCCUCUUCGCACAGUGUUUUAGUCAUGUACAGGUGUAAUGGAAUUGAUUUUAUAGCCACGACUGAGGUAUUUCCUGCUGUGCUGUGAUGGGAAACGAGAAAACCUGUUUGACAGUGAGUUUAUAUAUAUAUAUAUAUACACACACAUAUUUAUAUGUAUGUAUGUAUAUGUAGCCUUCAGAACUGUGUGUGGAGGUUGGUUGAGAUGAUUCAUCAUUGCACACUUAUAGUGGAGUGAAGUGUGAAUGACUCUCUGUGUAAAUAUGUGUGAAUGAGUUUCUCGUUUGUUUGGAUUGUACGACCAAUGUAGGAAAUUCUAAAUAAUAUCUUCUCCUGGUGAAGGUGGCUAAAAAUGAGCUUUGCUCCUCUUAAUGACGUGCCACCAGGCACCGAGAAAUCUCUAUUUUGUUAAGAAAACAGGGAAAAUGGGCAAAAAAAAAAGAGUAGCACUGCUGUACUUUAUGUUCACACGUCACUUUGUGAUUUCUUCAGAAUUUUGGUUGAUUUUUUUUUUUUUUUAAGCAUGCUAACAUCAAAAGCAACAUUAAAUUUUUAUACCAUGUUUGCAUACAAA